GAAACCAUCUCGGGCGGUGUAGUGACGCCGCACCGGCCAGGAAGGCGUCCAUCUGCUGUGCGUGUACGUCGUUGGCAGGUGCCGUCUGAUACUCGCGUUUCUGUCGGAAAGUCAGCGGACGGUCGAGAGGAGCUGCAGCCACAGGAGAGCCAUGUCUUCCAGCUCAGCAAUGGUGCGCAUCCUGAUCAAGGGUGGCAAGGUGGUGAACGACGACUGCACGCAGGAGGCCGACGUUUACAUCGAGAACGGCAUCAUCCAGCAGGUGGGGAAGGAGCUGAUGAUCCCGGGCGGGGCCAAAGUAAUCGAUGCCUCCGGGAAACUGGUGAUGCCGGGCGGCAUCGACACCAGCGUCCACCUGGAGGAGACCUUCAUGAACGCCACCACCGCCGACGACUACUACAGCGGCACCAAGGCUGCUCUGGCCGGCGGCACCACCAUGGUGAUCGGCCACGUGCUGCCGGAGAAGAGCGAGUCGCUGCUGGAAGCCUACGAGCGCUGCCGGCGCCAGGCGGAUCCCAAGGCCUGCUGCGACUACGCCCUCCACGUUUGGGUCACGGGGGCCGGACCCAGGGUGCUGGCUGAGAUGGAGCAGCUGGUGAGGGAGAGAGGGGUCAACUCCUUCCAGAUGAGCAUGGCCUACAGGGACUGCUACAUGCUGCGGGACGGCCAGCUCUUCCAGCUGCUGCAGCACUGCAAGGACAUCGGCGCCGUCGCCAGGGUCCACGCUGAGAACGGCGAGCUGGUGGCCGAGGGCGCGAAGGAAGUGCUGGAGCUGGGCAUCACGGGGCCGGAGGGGAUCGAGAUCAGCAGGCCGGAGGAGCUGGAGGCCGAGGCCACCCACCGGGCCGUCACCAUCGCCAACAGAGCCCACUGCCCCAUUUAUCUGGUCAACGUGUCCAGCGUGGCUGCAGGAGACGUGCUGGCCGCCGCCAAGACGCAGGGUAAAGUGCUCCACGGGGAAACCACCACGGCGCACGCCUUCCUCAGCGGCCUGCAGUACUACCAGCAGGACUGGGCCCAGGCCGCCGCCCACGUGACCGUGCCCCCCCUGCGCCUGGACCCCAACACUCCCAACUAUCUGCUGGACCUGCUGGGAAGCGACACGCUCAACGUUCUGGCCUCGGACCACCGGCCUUUCACCAUCAAACAGAAGAGCAUGGGCAGGGAUGACUUCACCAAGAUCCCCCACGGGGUCCCAGGCAUCCAGGACCGCAUGAGCGUCAUCUGGGAGAAAGGAGUGAUCGGAGGAAAGUUGGACGAGAAUCGGUUCGUGGCCAUCACCAGCGCCAACGCCGCCAAAAUCUACAACCUGUACCCGAGGAAAGGCCGGAUCAUCCCCGGAGCAGACGCGGACGUGGUGGUGUGGGACCCGGAGGGAUCCAAGACCAUCUCGGUGGCCAGCCAGUUCCAGGGCGGAGACGUGAACCUGUACGAGGGCCUGCGCUGCCACGGCGUGCCCCUGGUCACCAUCAGCCGUGGACGUCUGGUCUACGAGAGCGGCAUGUUUACCUGCGCCGAGGGCUCCGGCAAGUUCUGCCCGUUAAGGACCUUCCCUGACUAUCUGUACAAGAAGAUGGUGCAGAGACAAAAGCACGAGGCCGUGAAGCCUGUGGAGAGGGAGCCGUACACGGGCGAUGUUGUGGCCCUGGCCAACGCCGGCAAGAGGGACGCGUCGCCCCCGGAUCUGGACACUCCGACUCGUCCCACCACCCGGCACGGAGGCGUCCGGGACCUUCAAGAGUCCAGCUUCAGUCUGUCGGGGGCUCAGAUUGAUGACAACGUUCCAAAGAGAUCCUCGGCCAGGAUCCUGGCUCCACCAGGGGGCAGAUCGAGCGGCAUCUGGUAACUGCGGCGCCGGACGGAGGCUUCAGCGGACGGUCUUCAGGAGGAAGGAGGCGUGAGGUAGCGACUUGCUGUUGGAGGAGGCAGGUACCGCGGCAGCACAUCAAAGCAGCCGCCUCAGACGCUGCUGGGGGAGGAAUGUGUUCCCGUAGACUUAGGCGCAGGUUUUCAUUAGGAUUGUGUUCCCUCACUGUGAGACUUUGCACUUGCAUCAUGUUCUGUUGGAUGCUGCUCCAGGGAUUUAGCAUCACCAAAGUCUUCCUCCUGCCAGUCGUGGUAACAGGAAGCCGGACAUGAGGCCAUUCGUCACCAAUAUCAUUGCAUUUAACCUCUUAAUAAUGUUGUAUGUAUGUUUUUAUUAACUUAUUUUGUAUUUGUGUUGGUAGUUUUGAGCUUCAUGUUUACGACCGACCGCACUGGUAAUGUGACUCUCACGCCUUUUACUCUGCCAUGUCUAACAACGCACACGAGGUUCUUUACCUCUGUGAACUUUUGAUAAUUCACGUGUUUUAUAGCUCAGUGUAUGGUGAAAAUGUAAAAUGAUGUCCCUCCUGGUGCUGCCACCCCGUCCCACUGCUGUAACAACUCUAGACUGUAACAACGCAGGAGUGCCUCCUGGUUGUUCUUCGCUGUAGCAUCUGCCCUUCUUCAUGAUCCGUUUGUUCUGACACUGCUGAGAAUGUUUUCUGAAUCCAGGACUGCACAGCCUGCCUUCUUCUGUUUUGAUAAAGUUCAUACCAACUCACAUUCCUGUUGUUUCUGUCAUCGACUCUGGUGCUGAACAACCGUCUACCGUCACAUGAUCUAAGUGCAAAUAAAACACACUGAAUUCCCCUUUUGACUCCUGGCUUUAACUUUCAGCGUG